AUGGCAGCAUUUCAACAACAUGUGACAUCAUGCGAUCCAGACAAUAUGGCUCCAUGUGAAUAUUGUCAAUGUCUAUAUAAAUUUUAUCAAUUGGAUGACCAUUCUCGAUAUUGUCGGAAUAUUUCAGAACAACAACGACAACAAGCAUUUUUAGAUUUCAUCCUACCGAAAUUGAAAUAUCCUUUUACGCCAGUACAAGUUCGUUUCUACAUCGAACAACAAAGACAGAAUCGACGAGUGCUUGAUCCUCAUGAAAUUGUCGAUACAUUGGCUGCAUUCGAAGAUAAAUUCCCAUUCGAACAAUAUCACUAUCGAACGACUUGUCAGCAAGUAGUACAAAUAACACAACGAUGGUUUGUUUGGUGUAAUACAGAGCGUGGCAAUUAUUGGAGAGUUCGAGCACAGCAAGAUGCUACUUAUCGUGCUCAAUUAGACGAAUAUGAAAGACAGCUAGCGGCGAAUACUCAGCGAAACGAAGAACUGCAACGUCGUUAUAACGAAUUAAAGGCCGAUGAAGCUUUCAAAGCUCAGAAUUGUCGUCUUUGUCCACAUUGUAAACGAGUCACACAACACAUGGGAGGAUGCAGUAGUAUGGUAUGUGGACGAAAUUAUCAUGGAGGUGAUCAGCAGUCGGGAUGUGGCAACAACUUCAACUGGGAUCAGGCUGAGCCUUAUAUACCAAUCACCAACAGGCCUCUAGAACAAAUUAAAAAUGACUUACCACGCCUAGAAAAUAAACAAAGAGUCGUACAUACUGGCAUCAGGUGCGAUGGUUGUCACAACGAUGUUGAAGGCAUUCUGUUUUCUUGUAUUCAUUGUCCUUCAUUGAUUUAUUGUGAAAAAUGUGAACAACGGUGUACUCUGGCUCAUUCAGAAGAACUUCGACAACAGAAAAAACAACAACAUGUAUUUCAGCUGAUAACGACACCAGAAGUUUUACACAUACGACAACGACGAUGA